CCUCCCACUGUCAUUUCGAGGUUUAAAUUAGAACAAGUGAGAAGUGGGGGGACGCUGCUCUCCCACUUGAACCUUGAUUAAAACCAAAUUAAAAAUCUCUUGCUGUAUUUUCUAGAGUUCCAGCUAUUUAGCCACUCUUUCAUAAAUCCAAGCUGAUCUCACAAUGUCAGAUCGCAACCAGAACUCUGACCAAGAGUCCUACGGAGGAGAAAUUGAUGAAGAUGAGAUCCUAGCUAAUCUUUCUCCUGAAGAAUUGAAACAGCUUCAGAAUGAAAUGGAAGUUAUCGCUCCGGAUGAAGAGGUACCAGUUGGGAUGAGACAAAAGGACCAGACUGAGAAACCCCCAACUGGGUCCUUUGACCACAGGUCUCUAGUUGAUUAUUUGUACUGGCAGAAGGAGUCAAACCGAAUGCUGGAGGAGGAAAGGGUGCCCACUACUCUUCUACCGAGCAAGAGAAAUACAAGAGAAGACCAUGACAAUGAAGGUGUAGCAGAUAAAAAAGAAAUAGAGUGCUAUAAAGAAUAUGUAAAAGUGUGUGACAAGGAAGAAGAUGUUAAUGAUAUUCACAAAGACAUGCAGAGAUGUUCAGUGAAACCUGGUGGAACGUCUGCCUGUGUUACUAAUAAAGCUCAGGAAAAUAUGAAAAGCAAGAAACCAACAGCUCGGUCAUCAGAGUGCCCUGUGGUAGGCAGAAAGACAGAGGAUCAAUGUUUCAAAACAAAGGAAAAAAGAUCAGAAAUAUCCAAGAGUGUGCAAACCAAUGGACUCCAUUCCAAUUCAGAGAUUUCAGCCCCUGAGACAAAGUCAAUGAAGAAGAGCAGUGAGGAAACAGGUACAGCAGAUGAAGUCCCUGAGAAAGAAGAGAAGAAAAUUUCCAAACUCAAAAUCCCAAACAAGCUGACGGCCGGUGGUAAUUUCAUUAAGCUAACAGCCAGGCCUUCGGGAAAUGAAACCAAUUUGGAAAAAACCCUGGAGAAGAUCCGAAAAAAUAGCCCUGAGAUCAAAGACGUCAAUCUGAACAACAUUGAAAACAUUCCUAAAGAAAUGCUUUUAGAUUAUGUCGAUGCGCUGAAAAAGAACAAGCACGUUGUGACCUUCAGCAUAGCCAAUACCGGGGCCGAUGAGAAUGUGGCCUUCGCUUUGGCGAACAUGAUGCGUGAAAACAGGAGCAUCACCACUCUCAACAUUGAAUCCAACUUCAUCACAGGCAAAGGCAUAAUUGCCAUCAUGAGGUGCUUGCAGUUCAAUGAAACGCUGACUGAGCUAAGGUUCCACAACCAGAGACACAUGCUGGGUCACCAUGCUGAGAUGGAGAUGUCCAGGCUACUCAAGGCAAACAACACUUUGCUUAAGAUGGGCUAUCAUUUUGAGUUACCGGGCCCACGGAUGGUGGUGACUAACCUGCUGACCAGGAAUCUCGACCGGCAGCGUCAGAAAAGGAUGGAAGAGCAAAGGCAGCAGCAGAUGAAAGAGCAGGAGCAGACGAUGUCUUUGUUUCAGAACAGUUUGGAGAUCCCACCUGGCCUAUGGGAGAUGUUGGGAGGCUACCUUCCCGCCGCUCCACCUACAGGUGCGUCUCCAGACCCACCCCAAGCACCCCUGCCCCUCCUGCAAAUGAAGCGCAGACGUGAGUCCACCCCACAGACGCAGCACAACACCCAGCAGGCUAACCUGCUGCGGGAGGUGAAACUGAAAAAGACUCCGAAGCGGAGAGAUGGAGCCCAUGCACUGGACCUGAGCGAGAAAGCCAAUCUUAAGGAUGUGAUAAAGACUCUGAAGCCUGUCCCCAGGAGACGAGAGCCCCCGAAGGUUGAACUAACGCCUCGAGAUCAGCUACUUAACGACAUUCGUCAGAGCAAUGUGGCUUAUCUCAAACCGGUCCCUUUACCUAAAGAACUGGAGUCACAAGAAACCAUGCUUUUUUGAAGGAGCUACUGUUUAUAUCAGUGGUGAAGAGUGUGGGAACAAAGGACUUCCAGUAUCUGCACUGAACCCGUUGAAAGACUUUGACAAUUAUUGCCUGCAAAUCUAUGUAUACGUUGUCAUUUUGGAUAGUGCAAUUUGCCUUCUUAUUCUUCAGGAAUCAGUAAAGGAAAAAUACUGCAAGAAACGUGUCCACUUUUAACAAAAGCUUAGGCAAUGAACUUAACAGUGAUGCUCCAUGAAACAUUGAAUUUAGCAUGUAAGUUUCUUUCAUGCAAACAUAAGAAAAUGUUUCAUUUUUUAUGUUAAUGCCUUUUGUAAAGUGUAAUGAUUGAAAUCCGAUAUAAAAUUAUAUAAAAUCUC